UCGAUUCUAAAGGUUCAAGCAAAGUUUGUAUAAAUAGUCUGCUUAAUCAAAUGAAACCCAAGAUGAACGUCCUCACGUUCAAAUUAUAUGAAUGGCAAGCUGAUUUAUGGUAGAAAUUAAAAUCUUUCAAACGACUCCUUACCUCCUUCUGCCUCUCAAGAUCACCAUCAGAAUGAAUCAAACUGCUGAAUCUGCAUUCCAUUGGGAGUAAUUCUGUUGUUACUGUGUUCCCCCAGUCGGCUAGAAUUUAACGGAUUGAUGUUUUGGGGGUUUGAUUUCCCCUUAUCAAGAUCAAAGACUGAACGGGUUCAGACGGUCGGGCGUGCGCAGUAAAUCAAAGAAACAGAUAGUACCCCACUAGCGACCUCUUCUCCCCUCUCCCACAAGUCUUGGACUGGGAGAAGGUGAAGGGACGGAGAAAAGGGGAAGGGAAACGUUCUAUUGAACUUACGGUCGAGAUCUAUACUUAGCUGAAUCGGACGGGAAACCGCGUGCGUUGCAGGGAACUUAUUGUGUACGCUCGCACAUCCCACUGAACCCCUAAUGCAAUUAGGCGCUAUUUAUUUCUUAAUUUUACGAGAUAAAAAAUAGUAAAACCGGACGGAAAGGUUGCAUUUGCAUCAGUGCCGUUCCCCCACUUUAGCCUAUCUUUUUCUUCCACUUCAAACAAAACUUCGGUGUCAAAAGUUUGCAUCAAUGGGAUGGACCAAUCAUCAUCGCCGCUGUCCUCCUCAAGCUUCCACUAGCGAAGCAAGCAGAUUCAGAAACAGUUUUUCAUUCACUUGCCUCUUCUUCGUACCUCCCCUACUUCUACCCAUCUCCACUACUGGCAUAAAAACAAACCCAAAAAGCGGAGGCCGGAACUUGAUCACAAUAUGGCUCAAAGGCAAAACGGCGCCAGGCUAGUGUUCCCCAUUGACUUGAAGAAGAAGCCAUGGGAGCAGAAGCUCCCCCUCCACAACCGUUGGCACCCCGACAUCCCUCCGGUGGCCGACGUGGUCGCCGGAGAGCUUUUCCGGGUGGAGAUGAUGGAUUUCAGCGGCGGCCGUAUCACUCAGGAAUUCUCCGCUGAAGACAUCAAAUACGCUGACCCUACUAAUGUGAGCUCUCAAAAAAAAAAUUGUCUUUCUUUUCCCCCCUUAAUCUUCCGAGUCUUGAGCUUUAGCUUUGGUUUGUGAAGUAGUCUAAUUUCAUUUGGGAACCCCAAUCAUAGUUCAAAGAGAAAAGUCAGUGAUGGGUCACUUUCACUGCAAGAAAUGGUGGAAGUCGAUGUUUUUUUUUUUUUUUUAAUGUUUUGUCAUCUACAACUCGAACUGGAGAAAAAGGGGCAAGGAAAAAAACUCUCAAUUUGUCUCAUCCUCAAUUGUACCACCAAAAACAGAAGAAAGCCAACCAGGCUUCCUAAAGGCCAUUUGAUUGAUUGUCUUUUUUGGGGUCAGUCAUGGCUCCAUCGACACCAAGGUUAGUAAUUCCAGUAGAUGUGAAGAAGCAGCCAUGGGAGCAAAACCCACCUCUUCACAACCGCUGGCACCCUGAAAUCCCACCGGUUGCGGAGGUUAAAGCCGGCGAAUUUUUCAGAACUGAGAUGGUAGACUGGACUGGUGGGAGCGUUAGAGAUGAUGAAUCCGCCAUGGAUAUCAAAACCAUAGACCUUUCCUGCGUGCAUCAUCUCAGCGGACCGAUCAGGGUUGUGGAUGAAGAUGGUGUUCCAGCGAAGGCAGGAGAUCUUCUUGUUGUGGAGAUUUGCAACUUGGGUCCUCUCCCUGGGGAUGAAUGGGGCUAUACAGCAACAUUUGAUAGGGAAAACGGCGGUGGUUUCCUCACUGAUCAUUUCCCCUGUGCAACCAAAGCUAUUUGGUACUUUGAAGGCAUUUUCGCCUAUUCUCCUCACAUCCCAGGAGUGAGAUUUCCGGGACUGACUCACCCAGGAAUCGUUGGCACUGCACCUUCAAUGGAGCUGCUCCAGAUUUGGAACGAAAGGGAAAGAGAUGUUGAAGAGAAUGGGCAUAAAACUCUGCCACUGUGUAAGGUUUUGCAUUCGAGACCACUGGCUAAUCUCCCAUCCUCCACAGGCUGCAUGCUUGGAAAGAUCAAAGAGGGCACUCCUGAAUGGGAGAAGAUGGCGGCGGAGGCAGCAAGAACGAUUCCAGGGAGAGAAAAUGGUGGCAACUGUGAUAUAAAGAACCUAAGCAGAGGUGCAAAGGUGUACCUUCCUGUGUUUGUAGAAGGAGCAAAUCUUAGUACAGGGGACAUGCAUUUCUCCCAGGGUGAUGGGGAAGUCUCCUUCUGUGGGGCUAUUGAGAUGAGCGGUUUCUUGGAGCUCAAGUGUGACAUAAUAAGGGGAGGAAUGAAGGAGUACCUUACACCAAUGGGGCCAACUCCACUCCAUGUGAAUCCAAUCUUCGAGAUUGGGCCAGUCGAGCCUAGAUUCUCCGAGUGGCUGGUGUUCGAAGGGAUCAGCGUGGAUGAAAGUGGAAAGCAGCAUUACCUUGAUGCAACUGUUGCAUACAAGAGAGCCGUGCUCAAUGCUAUCGAUUACAUCUCUAAGUUCGGUUACUCGAAAGAACAGGUAUACCUUCUUCUCUCAUGUUGCCCAUGUGAAGGAAGGAUUUCCGGGAUUGUGGACUCUCCUAAUGCUGUUGCAACCUUAGCUAUCCCAAUAGCCAUAUUUGAUCAGGAUAUUCGACCAAAACCAAGCAAAGUGCCAAUGGGACCAAGGAUUGUGAGAACACCAGAUGUUCUAAAGUGCAGUUACGAUGGGAAUCUGCCCAUCACAAAGAACCUCAGUGCAGGCAAAUAACUGUGAAAACUCAGUUGAAACUGCAUUACUAUAAAUAAUCUUCAAGUUGAAGAAGACGCUUAGAAUGGCUGUACGGGGAGAACGACGCUUGUUUGAUGUGAUGCCUUUAAUUUUCUA